UUAUUUAUGCAGUCCCUCGCUAUUUGCAUGUGGGAAGCGGGCAGGUUUCAGCCCACCAGACCGCUUCUGAACGGGAGGAGUUCACCUCAGAGGAUUGUGGAUGGUUUCGUGCAUCGGAACAGGAGGGGGGGCUUUUAAGUAGUGAUUUAAGGACAGAAGAGAGAGAGAGAGAGAAAAAAAAAGGCAUUUAUUGUGCCGAGCCUGAGCAGGAAGAGUGAAAUCCAGUCGCCUUUCUCAACUACUGCUUUUUUUUAUGGCAUUUAAAUUCCCGGACCGCAGUUAAACGCCUCGGACAUGGUGGUUUUCAUCAACACAAAGCUUAAGUCGCUCCUCAAACUUUUCAAGAGAAAGACUGUUUCCAACCUAGAUGAAGAGAGUAGAUGGACAGUCCACUACACUGCUCCAUGGCACCAGCAGGAAAAUGUGUUUCUGCCUUCCUCAAGACCACCCUGUGUGGAAGACCUGCACCGACAAGCCAAGUUGAACCUCAAGUCAGUACUGAGAGAGUGUGACAAGCUGCGGAGGGAUGGCUAUCGGAGCUCUCAGUAUUACUCUCAGGGCCCAACCUUCUCCUCUUCCUCCAGUGCAAUCUGUGGAAGUUACCAGGAUGAUUAUGAAGAAAUUGAGCAAAAGUGCUCCGUCCCCUCCCCAGAAGAAGAAAAGCUCAUUACCAUCAAGAGGCCUAAAACGCCCGUUUCGGAUGAGUUGUCGGAUAUCAACACCCAAACCAACUGGACUAAGUCACUCCCACUGCCAACACCAGAGGAGAAAAUGCGGCAGCAAGCACAGGCAGUCCAAACAGACGUGGUUCCUAUUAAUGUCACUGCAGUUGGCACUGGYCAAGGUGAUUUCCGUGGACAUUCCCUGUAUGUCCCUGAUCACUGUUCCACGUUAGGGAGACUAGACAGCUAUCGCUCUGCCGUGCAGCGGUCUGAAACCAAGGACACCAGCUGCCAAACGGAGGACGUGAAGGUUGUGCCCCCUUCGAUGAGAAGAAUACGGGCACAGAAAGGACAGGGCAUUGCUGCCCAGAUGUCUCAGUUCUCCAGUUCGUCUGGAAACAUGUCGGUGAUGAGCGAUUCCGCUGCGGUUAUGUUUGCCUCUCGACCAAGCAGCGACAUCGGCUUUCACAGCCUGCCUCGGGCUGGUGCGAGAGUCUCCCUGCAGGCCCUGGAGCAGACACACAGCAUCUCUAGGCAGACAGAAGAUGUUGCUGCCACUCUGCCUCACCAGAUGAGUAAACUGCAAGUGGAUGAGAGCGUUGUGCCUCUGAGGAACAAUCCCACUGCAGGGACCCUCUCAAGGCCGAAGUCACAGGAGGUGAGAGCUUACGAGAGUGACAACUCCACGAGCCCAGCRUGCGUGGUCUCUCCUCACGCCACCUACUCAACAAGCAUCAUACCCAAUGCCACGCUGUCAUCCUCCUCCGAAGUUAUUGUUAUUCACACUGCCCAGAGCGUUGGGUCCCUGGACAGUAAGAUUACCAGCUCUGCUGCCUACGCGAAGCCAAGAGACCCCCCUGUUGCCAGCAGCGCAGCAAGCGGGAAGGAGGAUCACCAUUCUUCCAGCGGCAACUGGAGCGAGAGCAGCUCCACGCGCCACUCGCAGACCUCGGACACGAUACCGUGCAGUUCGGCCCUGGUGCUUUCCCUCGGGGACUCUGCCGUCUCCCUCAGCACUGCCGGCAACGUGGAGGCGGCRUCGCAGGCCGGGAGCUACGGCGGCAGCCAUAGUCUGGCUGUGCCGAGCCAGGCGCAGGACAGCGAUGGCAGGAGCGAGUCCAGCUCGUGCGGGGAGCGAGCGCCCGCAGCGGGGAGCUGCGCCGAGCACUGGCUCUACCGGCCGGCGCAGAACAGCGAGACUCCCCCGCGCAAGGCGGCCUGUGGCACGCCGGGCUGCGCCACUCCGGUGAGCAACSUGAGCGGCAGCAGCCUGGAGAGGGCCUCGGGUAAAGAGGAUGCUGCUUCCCUCUACUCGGUGGACCACGAUGGCUAUUACACGUCCAUGCACACGGACUCCGGGCUCAAGGCAGAGCGGCCGUGCAACAGUACGAACGGUUUUGGGAACCCCAGGGACAGCACGAGUAACGUGCUCGACGGAAAAGAGAAGAAACAUCACGAAGACCAGUCAGGCCAAACUGACAAGUCUCUUGGAAGAAAUAUCUCUCUCAAGAAGGCAAAGAAGCCGCCUUUGCCGCCAUCCAGAACAGACUCGCUCAGAAGGGUACCCAAGAAGAAAGCGCAGUCCAACGGGCAGGUGCUCGACGAAAACCUCAUUGCCACCCUGCAGCACUCCCUGCAGUUGAAUCUCAAGUGCAAGAACGGCAGCUCGCCCUCGCAGAGCCCCUGCAGCGACUACGAGGACCCGUGGGUGCUGCGCUCCCGCAGCCAAAGCUCCGUGAGCGCCGGCAGCAGCGCCAUGUCCCCCGCUGCUCCCAACCUCUACUCCCUCUGCACGCUCACGCCCUCGCACAGCGAGACCAGCAGCAUCAAGUCCGAGUACGCUGACCAGUGGGGCUACUACAGCGACUACGCUGCGGUGGCCGAGGAGCCCGUGAAGUCGCCGGUGACUCAUUCGGCCAGUACCUCGUCUGCUCUCAGCGACUGCAGCCUGGGCCACCUCAGUGACGGCUCCCGCGCGUCGGCGCCACGAGCGCCCAGCGGGGCGGCCAAGCCAAAGACGGCUUCUCCGGAGAAAUGUCACCGAGUGACUUCGCCUUCGAGCGGCUACUCCAGCCAGUCCAAUACACCCACCGCGCUUACUCCAGUGCCUGUGUUACUGAAGUCAACGUCUGCAGGAAAUGGGAAGUCCAAGCUGAAACCUAAAGUGCCUGAAAGGAAAUCUUCUCUUCUGUCUUCGGUCUCCAUUUCUUCAUCUUCCACUUCUCUUUCUUCAAAUACAUCUACUGAAGGCAGCGUGAGCACGAAGAAACUGGAGCCCUCGCUGAGCUCUCCCUUGGAUUCUGGGGCACCUCCCCCACCACCUCCCCUGCCCACAUCCCCUCCACAUUGUCCUGAUCUCUCUCCUCUCCCUCCCCCUCCUCCAGCGGAAGCCAUGGAUCUGUCACCAUUGCCAGCCUCUCCCACAUUCCCCCCUCCUCCACCUGAAGCUGAGGUAAAUUCUUCCUAUGCCCAGAGUGUCCAGUGGUUUCCCCAAGAAACGUCCAUGAGUUCAUUCUCUUCCCCUGUUCCUCUUCCUCCUACCAGUACUUUUCACUCUGCUGUCCCACCACCAGCACCACCUCUUGAUCCCAAGCUGACRAAAUACUCACAGUGUUCUUUCAAGAAACGUACCCAGGAGGAUUCUUCCUACAGUCCGGUGAAACAGCCGUUCACCAAGCAAGAUCCCUCGCGGCCCGUGAUGCCCUUAGUAACUACCAAAGCACUGCAGAUGGUGCAGCUGAGGUCUGUGAGGAAAGCCACGGAAGGUGACGCGUCACCCGAGCCUGCUCCUGAAAGCCUCGCUCAGGAAAAGGGUGCUGCGAGUUCAGCACCACCAUCUUCCCUCAAGCCACCUUUCUCCCUGAGACUGAGUAACAGCUUUGGUGAAGAGGAGAUGAAAACUCAUGGCACUUCAUUUAAGAACUCAGUUCAAGCACUGCCUCGGAGCUCCCUUCAGAGUCUCUCUGACCAUGUCCCUGAGCUUGACAGCGAUCAGAAAUCUGCAAGUGCAGCGGGUCUAAACAAACCUUUUGAUGCUGAUUUCCAGGGAACAGCUGCCGAAGAUGCACCAGAGCCUUCAGUGCGGAGUGAGGACUUCCAUUCUGGCUGCACCAGCACGGCACCUCAGGGGUCACCAGCAUCUCCGGACAAGACUCAGGUCCCGUUGCCAAACAAGAAACCCCCUCCUAUUUCAAAGAAACCCAAACUGUUCCUUGUCGUCCCACCUCCGCAGUUAGAUCUUCCAGGAGAGAAAGCAGCUGAUGGGAGCGAUGCUGGGGGAAGCCCAGGGAAGGGCGACGCCGCGGUGCCUGCCCGCUGCGAGGAGGCGCGGAGCCGCCUCGCGCAUGGCCUCCCUUCCAGCGAGAUGGAGCCUGGCAGCCUCGUUCCUGAGGGAGGAGCUGCCGGCUGCACCUUCUCGGAGGCUGGGGAAGCCGGUGCCUGCGUGGAGCAGCCGGCUGCAUCAGCGGCUCGAGGAGCUCCCGGGCGGGAGGAGCAGCCYGCUUGGGAUGAAGGGAGCGGUUCAGGCAGCAGCCAGGAGAGCAGCGCUAGCACUGACGGGCUCCUCGCCCAGGAGAACGAAAGUGCCGAGGUGUUUGAAUUGGAUACAGCAAAUAGUUCAUUCCUCCCCAGCAACAGUUAUGGGGAAGAGACAGACGAGGUGGCAACACCUGCAAGACCAAGGACCACGGAGGAUCUUUUCGCAGCCAUUCACAGAUCCAAAAGGAAAGUCCUUGGCCGUAAGGAUUCGGAGGAGGAGCGCAGCCGCAACCACUCGCCGUCGCCGCCCGUGACGCCCACGGGCGCCUGCCCCGCGGCCGCGGCCCUGCGCCCCGCGGGCUCCAUCCAGCGGAGCGUGCGCAGAAGCAGCACCAGCAACGACAACUUCAAGGCGCUGCUGCUGAAGAAGGGCAGCCGCGGCGACGCCGGCUCCCGCAUGUCGGCGGCCGAGAUGCUCAGGAGCACGGACCCGCGCUUCCACCGUGCCCGGGCGGACGCUGCCGCCGCCGAGCCGGGCGACGGCGCCGCCGGCUGCUCGCCCAGCAAGAGCCGGCGGGCGCAGGAGGAGUGGGCCAGGAGCGAGGGCCUCAUGCCGCGCAGCCUCUCCUUCUCGGGCCCGCGCUACGGGCGCUCCCGCACGCCGCCCUCGGCCGCCAGCAGCAAGUACAACGUGCGCAACCGCAUCCAGAGCAGCCCCAUGACUGUCAUUAGCGAAGGGGACGGCGAGGCGGUGGAGCAGCCCGAGGGCAGGGUUCGCAGGACUUUGGGGGAGCAGCAGGAGAGGCAGCUCGAGGUGUUUCACAGUGAUGAGAUGGACACAAGUGACUUUCCCUACGCCGAGGACCCCGACUGCAAGGAGACCUUGGAUCCAACCCACGUGGACUUAGUGACUCAACAGGGUACUUCAGGGAGGUAUCUGAGCCCUUCAGCUGAAGAGAGUUAAGAGGCAGUGACAAGGGCAAAGCGUGUUAGCCUAGGAGAUGGCAGAGGACUGAAUCCCAGAAGAGAGCCCAGACCAGRACAAGUUUCCUUUGCGGAGCAUUUACUCCAUGAACUGCAUGCGUGUGCUUAAAUGCUGAAG